AUGUCUAUUUCUGAACAAUAUUUCCCCAAUGAGCCAAAGGGACCAGUUGUUAAGUCAACUGAGUUCCCAGGCCCAGAAUCUAAGACUCAGAUCGCCAGCUUGAACGAAGUGUUUGACUCUAGACCGGUUUACUUUGUCGCCGAUUACGAAAAAUCUUUGGGUAACUACAUUGUGGAUGUCGAUGGUAACACUUUACUUGAUGUCUACGCACAAAUUGCUUCCAUUCCAUUGGGUUACAAUAACCCUGCCUUGCUUGAGGCUGCUAAGUCCGACAAGAUGAUCAGAGCUAUCAUUGACCGUCCAGCCAUUGGUAACUUCCCCGGAUCUGACUUGAAGGAAAUCAUUUCUGAUUUGCUCAAGGUUGCACCAGAGGGCCAAGACAAGGUUUGGUCUGGUCUUUCUGGAGCUGACGCUAACGAAUUGGCUUUCAAGGCUGCCUUCUUCUGGUACCAAGGUAAGAAGAGAGGGUUCACCGCUCAAUUCUCCGCCGAAGAAGACAAAUCUGUUAUGGAAAACAUCGCUCCAGGCUCUCCAGAAUUGGCCAUCUUAUCGUUCGAAAGAGCCUUCCACGGAAGAUUGUUUGCAUCUGCCUCAGUCACUAGAUCUAAGCCAGUCCACAAGUUGGACAUGCCUUCUUUCAAAUGGCCUAAGGCUCAAUACCCUUCCUACAAAUAUCCAUUAAGUAAGUACGAGACUGAAAACGCUGAGGAAGACAAAAGAUGUUUGGCUAUCGUCGAAGAAAUCUUCAAGACGUGGCACUGUCCAAUUGCUGGUUUGAUUAUUGAACCUAUCCAGUCCGAAGGUGGUGACAACCACGGAUCCAACGCUUUCUUCCAAGGCUUAAGAGACCUCACCUUGAAGUUCGGUGCCUUGAUGAUUGUCGAUGAAGUCCAAACUGGUGUUGGUGCUACUGGUAAACUCUGGUGUCACGAGCACUUCAACUUGACUCCAAAGCCAGAUUUAGUCACUUUCUCCAAGAAGUUCCAAUCCGCUGGUUACUACUUCCAUGACCCAGAAAUCAUUCCAAACAUUGCCUACCGUCAAUUUAACACUUGGUGUGGGGACCCAGCUAGAAUGAUCUUGGCUGGGGCCAUUGGUAAGGAAAUCGUCAAGCACGAUUUACCUGCUCUUGCUGCAAAGGUUGGAUCCUACUUGUACGCCAAGUUGGAACUCUUGCAAGCAAAGUAUCCUACCUACUUGAGAGACUUGAGAGGUAAAGACCGUGCUACUUUCAUUGCUUGGUCAUUGCCAGAUGCUGCUGCCAGAAACAAGUUCUUAACUGACAUGAAGUCGGUAGGUAUUAACAUCGGUGGAUGUGCUGAAGACUCGGUCAGAUUGAGACCAACCCUUGUCUUUGAAGAAAAGCAUGCCGAUAUCUUGGUUGCGGGAAUUGAAAAGAUUCUUGCUGGAUACUAA